AUGGUGUAUACACUUGGUAGUGUCGUAAAUAGUGUACAAUCAGAGUUUCCUGCUGUUCGCCUAUCUACUCUGGUGGAGCAUCUUGAUUCCCUCAUUAGAACGCAUGCUCGUUUGAUGAAAGAUCGAAAUCGACCUCUAUCACACGAAAAAUGCAAAUCAACUAAUGUUAAUGAGAUUGUGAUGGAUGGAUCUAAGAAGAAAACUACUACUAGUCCUUCUAAGUCUAAGAAGAAGGAGACAAAAACAGGGUGUAUUAGUGAUAAAGAGAGGUUGAAAAUGGCGUCUUCUAAGUAUAAUAUUGGUAGUUUAAGUUUAUUGGUUGAGUUUUUACUAAAUAGAAAAAUAAUAACACUAUCGAAUGAAAUAGGAUAUUCUUAUGACAAUAAGAAAAAGGAUGCUUCGUUUUAUUCGAAGAAGACUACAUAUGUGAUAUGUAAUUUCGAUUUAGGUCUUCUUCCUAUCAAACUAAAUCUACCUAUGGUGUGCAAACCAAGGGAUUGGGAUGUAAUUCCCCAACUCAAAAGAUUGAACAAACAAGACACCAAGAUCCGCAUCCUGGGUUAA